AUGACCAACAAGUCCGAGCACCUGUGGAAUCGGGUCAUCAGUGUGGAGCUCCAGAUGUUCUCCAGCUGUGUGGAUGAGAGACCGCAGACCCAGCUGUCCAUGUGUUUGUAUGGCACUGGCCGCUGGCUGGUGAAACCCACUGCUUAUGAGAGAGCAGAGAGAUGGAGAGAAACAGAGGAGAGAGUCAUCCUGCGCUCCAAACGAUCAGAAGAGAAACCACCUGCAACUGGAAAAAGAAAAGGCGAGAGGAAGAAAGGGAAAAAGGGCCCCCGUGGCCCUCAGGGACCCCAAGGCCCCCGUGGACCUCAGGGUCCCCCGGGCCCACCUGGCCCACCCGGACCACCAGGACCUCCAGGAAUCCCUGGAUUCCCUGGAUACCCAGGCACCAAUGCCAUGGGACCCUCUGGACCACCCGGACCACCUGGACCUCCAGGGCCCCCUGGACCUCCAGGACCACAGGGACCUCCUGGACCUCAGGGACAAGGUGGAGGUGAGAAAGGCAGGUUGAGAGACUCACAGCCAGCUGUGGUGCACCUGCAGGGUCAGGAAACGACCAUACAGGUGAAAGAAGAAGGCGUCCUAAAAAACUGGAAGAUGAUCCUGACGCACCCGCGUGUGUUUAAAAUGCACUCGCGCUCCGGAGAGCUGGAGGUGCUGGUGGACGGGACGUACUUCAUCUAUAGUCAGGUAGAAGUGUACUACCUGAACUUCACGGACAUUGCGAGCUAUGAGGUGAUGAUUGAUAAGGAUCCGUUCCUGCGCUGCACGCGGAGCAUCGAGACCGGACAGCGGAAGUUCAACACCUGUUACACUGCAGGUGUGUGUUGGCUCCGUGCCAAACAGCGCAUCUCCAUCCGCAUGGUGUACGAGGACACCUCCAUCUCCAUGAGCAACCACACCACCUUCCUCGGCAGCAUCCGUCUGGGGGAGGCCCCGCCCACCGGACACACCUGAGCCCAUCAGCUCAGGUUUCAAUGUC